AUGGCUUCAGCUCAAAACCACCAAAAUGAUGAAGUUGAAGGUUUUUGGCUUUUCGACGGAUUAGAUGAAGAGCCGUAUGGAUUAUUACCACUCGUUAAUUUAAGCGGGAAAAGUGGAGCAUCAUCAACUAAAAAUGUUGAAAGAAUAGGCUCUUAUCAAUGGAGGCUCGAGGAGGAUGACCCCAUUCCUGGGAUGCCAUUAGAAUCUUUUUAUUGGCCCGGAGGUAAAUUACGCCAAGAUCACGGUGUAGUUAUUUACAACGUUAAUCAUAUGAAAGUCAAAGAUGGGCAAUUGGAUGCGGCUAUAUUAGCAGCAAAAUUAUGUUCUGCUAAUAAUAAAAAGAAAACUGAAAUUAAUUUUGAUGAUUACGAUAUAAUAACAGAUUUCUUGCAUAGCUUAAGAUUAUAUUAUAUUUCCAAAUACUUAUUACUCAUUAAAAUUUUCAAAAAAAUAUUUUCCCAAAAAUACUAUUUAGAUGCAAUUAACCUUCAAAAACUUUUUGCAUUUGGCCAAGAGGCUGGUGACGGACUAUUUCGAAUUGAUUGUGAACGUGUUGGCAAAACAGUUUUACUCAGUCGUAUGGAAGCUUCAGACUUGAUGGAAAUUGGUCAUUUAACCUAUGAUCAAUCAAUGAAAGCGAAAAUGACAAAAUUUCGUUCUAAACAUUGUUCUGGGCCAUUCUUUCAGUUAACUAGUUAUCAGUUUGGAACGCUUAAAAUUCUAGUUAGAUAUGAGGUUGAAUGUGCUGAUUUUGCUGGAGCUAAAGCGUGGGUUUCUAGUGAUGAUUUUAAUAUAAUUUUUGAUUUAUAUUUUAGUGAAAUAUUUGAAGAUACUGAUCAGCUACCUGAGAAAACAGAGUUUGCUGAUAAUAAAGCUAUUGGCUAUAUAAAUUUUGGAAAUGUGCCUGAUAAUUUACCAUUACAAUUAUUAACAACCUAUCCACACGGAGGUGGUUUUCCUUUCUUUACAUGGGCACAAAUGUUUUUUACUUGUGCCGACCAGGAAAUGAUUGGAUUUUGGAAAGGGAAUGGAGACUUCACAAAACCAGCUAUUUAUGUGAAAAUAUAA